GGGCUAUGUAGUGACUGGUUGUAGAGCAUAUCAAUACUGCAUGGUAGUAGACUGGCUUUGGUGGGGAAAAGAGGUUUAACACUUGAUGUUAUGAUUGUUGAAGAGAGACUGAUAACUUGAGUCAUGACAGACACAUCAGACAUCAGGGCACCUGCCAGCCUCCCUGGGAGUGGUUGUCAUGGCAACACCAAUUUGGAGAACAGCAGAGUAGCAGACGCUCCUGACCUUGAUGGGAUAGACUCCGGGUACAGUCGUCAAGAGAGUGACGACUUCUCUGGUAUGAUUGCGGAGACAGAAGCAGCCAUGCGCGAGAAGCUGUCCCAGCUUACCAUGCCCGACAGCUCUGCGCUCCUCGAUGAUGUGUCUAAUGGCCGAAACCAGCAUUGUGGAGCUGAGCAGGUUUCCUAUGAGCCAGGAGACGACCAAAUGCUGUUGACCACAGGGCAGCCCGUUUCCAGUAUCACAGCUGACAGCUUCAGAUCUGACACUUGUGAAGGCGGUGCACUGGCUAGAAGUCAAACACCUAACCCAACGGCAAGUGGCACUGUACAAGUCAGGGAUCCAGCUCCUACAGCCUACCAGACAGGACCUGGUAUUCCUGCUGAUGAUAAACCAGCUUGCAAUCUUGCAUCUUCAGAGAAUGUCCCCAGGCCUUCUGUACAGGAGAAUAAUCCCAGACCUUCAGUACAGGAGAAUAAUCCCAGGCAUUCUGUACAGGAGAAUAAUCCCAGACCUUCUGUACAGGAGAAUAAUCCCAGGCAUUCUGUAGAGGAGAAUGUUCCCAGGCCUUCUGUAGAGGAGGAUAAUCCCAGGCCUUCUGUACAGGACAGUAAUCCCAGGCCUUCUGUAGAGGAGAAUGUUCCCAGGCCUUCUGUAGAGAAGAAUGUUCCCCGUCCUUCUGUAGAGGCGAAUGAUCCCCAUCCUUCUGUAGAGGAGAAUGUUCCCGGUCCUUCUGUAGAGGAGAAUGUUCCCAGGCCUUCUGUACAGGAGAAUGUUCCCAGGCCUUCUGUAGAGGAGAAUGUGCACAGACCUUCUGUAGAGGAGAAUGAUCCCAGGCCUUCUGUAGAGGAGGCAACCAUUGCUGAACAAAGGACUGACAAUGUAGUUAGAAGCAGUUCGGUCCUUGAAAUUGAGAAGCAUUGCACUGAAGCUGUAAAUGGAGUAGAUGAUAUGACAAAAGCUGGGAACCAACCAAUGUUUGAUGAUGGAGACCUAGAUAGUAGUCCAUGUGCUCUGACUAUUGAUGAAGGCGCUGUAGACAUUGAUAAUGAUUCCGAUAAGCAGAACAUUACAGAGAGUAUUCAAGAAAACUCUGUGUGUUCAGAAAGUGACUCCUCUUCUGAAGUUUUACAAGUGAACAGUGGAAGCAAGAAUGGCACUGACACUGCAAAGUACAAAGACAUAGCAUCAGAUGUUCAAAAUAUUCAACAUGAGACAGAAAUCAUGGUUUCCAGUAAUAGCGAUGCAUCAUUAGGAGUUGAAAGUGAGCAUUCAGGGUUACUUGAACAUCCCUUCAAUGAAAACAUUGAAAAAUUAGUAAGUAAGGAAAAGGAAUGUGUCAUUUCAGAACCAACUAUGGAUAAUGUAAGCUCUACUGAUGACUCUAGUGAAUGUCUGAUGAUUACAAAUGUUGUGUCGCUGUCAGAGAUGGAUGUAGAUCUACCAUGCGAUCGGGGAUCUGCAUCUUCAAAUCAUGUGGUAUCUACACAGGAAAACGAAGUCAGUGACAAUCAGGCUGAAGACCAUGGUAUUCACUCAGCAAAGUCAUCGCCAGGACAAGUCUGCUCGGGAGUUACAAGUAACAAUUCCUCUAGGAGUCAGACCCCUUCCGACUCCGAUAAGAGCAGUGUAUCUGGAAGUAAUGGUAAAACAGAAUCCAGCAAUGGCAGAAGAAAGCGGAAGCCACCUCCAAGCAAGGUCAGAAAAGUCACUGAUAAAUACAUUGGGUUUGGAGAUGGAGCGGACUUGGACAAUCAGAUUGAACACCAAGAUACAAACAAUAAACAGUUCCAGUCCUCUGCAGGCAAGGUUAAGCCAACAUCAAAAGCUCACUCAGAAAAGAAUACUAAUCUGCAAACAAACAGUCUGUCAGAAAACCAAUCCACUACUGACAGCAGUAAUGCUGGCAACUUGCCAGUGAUAACCAAUGCUUUUUCCUUGGCCCCAAGUCUUGCCCCCUCUGUCGUCCACCCAGUCUUAGUGAAGAGCGAGCCGCUGGAUGAAGGUAGUUAUGGGCAGUUCAGGAGCAAACCUGUGCCAGUAAUAUCAAGGAACCAGGUGCCUGUUUUAGCAAGGAGUGUCCCUGCCCCACAGUACAGACCACCAUGGGGCCGAGGCCAGCCAUUAAAUGUCCACAGUGGAAGAAAGGUGGGAUCUGGACCCAGCCGAGCCCCUAAACUGGUACUUUCAAAGGCUAAAGGAAAUCCCCAGGUGGUCCAAGCAAUGGCAAGGGUGGGGCCAGGCUCUGAAGCACCCCAGUUUCCUGUGCAGGUUAUCCAGAUGGGCAAUGUGAGACACAGUGUUCCUCUACAGCUGAUGAGUUCGGCAAACAAUGCCAUCCCUGUCCAGAGUAGAGCCUCCACAGCAGGACAAGUCAUAUCGGUCCCAGUCAAUAGUGCAAUCCCUGUUCAGAGUGGAGCCACAGCAGGACGAUUGUUAUCCGCCCCAGCCACCAGCACAGCCAUUACCAUACCUUGGGUCCCUCCAAUCAACAAACCGCUGGAGCCUGGCAAGCAAGUGGAUGACUGCAGUAGGCUGGAGACUAUCAAUGUACAUUCUGUAGGAGUGACAAAGAUAACAGACCUGAUAGCCAGGAAGAACCCCAUACCUACAUACAAAGCCCCUGAGCCUCCAGCAGGCCUGAAAAAUGACAAAAGGCAGACUUUUUCAUGCUAUGAAUGCGGUGACAUGUUUUACUUUGAGAAGAGCCUUGACAUUCACAUGGGAAGAUGCAGUAUGAAAUUGAAAUAUAAAUGUGAGAAAUGCAACAAAAUGAUUGAUUUCACAAACAAAUGUCAGCUUCUGAGUCACUUGAGGUCUCAUUUGAAUAUUGCAAAAACUCAGGCAGUUCCGAUUCAUAUAAAAUCCGACUCAAUUGAAAUUAAAACUUUCUAUGAUGACAUCAAACCCAAUGAAAACUUUGAAUGGUAUAAACUGGAUACUGGUUAUGUACAGAAGGAAAAGACCUGCCCGGAGUGCCGACAGUUUCUGUACAAGACUGCAGCAGAGAUUAAGGCUCACUUCCAGGGGGAUGGUGAUGCGAGCGGGAAGUACAGCUGCAGCAACUGUGUGGUCAUCUGUCACAGCAAGUGUGGCCUCAAAGCACAUGAAAGGAUCCAUAAUAUCAUUGAAAUGAAGAAUUUAUACAAAGACCAAAAAUUGGAAUUUAUUGAGAAGAGUUUAUUGACAUUUGUUUGUCCAGAAUGUGGGUUUAUGAAAUCUGCAGCAAAUGGGACAGCCACCACAUUGACAGGCUUGCAAACACUGGAGGCAUAUUUUGAGCAUGUCAUGUCCUGCUUGCACUUUGGCAUGUUCAGCAUGCUGCACUGCUCUAAGUGUAAGGUGUCCCUGUACACAGAAUCCAGCGCCAUGAAGCACAUCUACGCCAACAUGGAGCACUACUACAAGUGUGACGAAUGUCCCAUGGCACUCAAGUCGGUCAAGAAUCUCGAAACUCACUUCAAAGACAGACACACUGGCUUUCCUAAAGCAAAGAUCAUUUACAGAUGUCAUGUAUGCUCCACACUUAUUGAUGAUCACAAUUUUCUUAUUAAGCAUAUGAAAGAGCACUACAAAGAGUUGUCUGAAUCCAGUAAAGCUUGCUACUGUAUAAUCUGUGGGAGCAUUGUUUCCAAGGACGAUGAUAUGAAAACUCACAGGGAAACACAUCUCCGUCUCAGAAACCACCUGUAUUGUCGGCUGUGCAGGAAAGCCAGCAAUGGUUACGUAGAAAUCAUUGAACACAUGUUUGAUGAACAUUUGGCUAAAAACAAGUUUUUCUCUGAAAAUCAACUGAAGCUAUGCAAGGUAUGUGGAUUGCUGUGCCACUCUGUGCAGAAACUUAACACCCAUGUCUGUCUGCAGACUGUGCUUGAAACAAAGGUGACAAAACCAUCAACUGUGAUUCCAAGACCAAUCAUGCCUCUCCCUGCUCCUGAAAGAAAUGAAACUAACUGUUCUGAACAAGGCAAUAAGACCAAAUAUAUGUGUAACCACUGCAAGAAGGAAUUCAAGUCAUUGCCGCAAAAAGUUCACCAUUUGCGUUCCCAUUAUAGCGAAAAGAUUUACAUUUGUUAUGUUUGUGACAAGUCUUUCUUUUCAGACUCCAAAAAAUUAAAAAGUCACCAAAUUGCAUGUGCAGCUUUGAAGAAAUUAAAAGAGGGUAAACCAGAUGCCAAUGUUGGAAAGCUGACAAAUUUUCCCAUUGGAGAGGACUAUGUGACGGACAACGCUUCUGAGGCAGAGUAUGAAGGGGAAGACAUGGAGGACUUGGAGGAGGAGAUAUCACUGAAACCACAGAUCUUCCACAGGACAAACAUGCCGGAGAGCAAGGUGACGGAGUACCGGUGUGAGGAGUGUCCACUUGUUUUCACCAGGAAGUCAAAGCAGGAGGAACACAUGAAUGCAGAGCAUGGCCUGCACCCAUGCCACCUGUGUGGGGUCAUGCACAACUCCUCUAAAUCUCUUAAGCGUCAUCUGAUGAUGGACCACGAGGGCAAGCGUGUACACUAUCCUUGUCUCCUGUGUCGCCAGAAAAAGGUUGACAAGUUCUUCUCAAUCAAGUUCAUGCUUCUGAAGCACUUAAGGUCUAAACACAAGAUGAAGUCGAUUGACGAGUCAAAAAUUGUUGCCGAACUUCCAGGUUUGCCAGGUGUUCCCUGUGACUCUGUUGAUAUGGAGACAAGCUCUUACACCUCUCCUGAGGGUACACCAGAGCCUCCCAUUAAGAAACUGCGAGUUGAAGGAGAAGACGUGUUCAAAUGUGCUAAAUGCCUGUUUACAGCUGAAAAGAAGUCUACAUUCAAGGAUCACAUAGCUGAACAUCGGACUCCAAACACCUUCCAGUGCUAUGAGUGUGGACUCUGUUUCUCAGUGUUACCAUCACUUAGGAAACAUUUGUUCAUGGUUCACAAGGUGAAAGACUUUGAAAAAUACUUGACAGAAAACAAGAUUGAAGACCCUGCUGAAAAUGUGGACAGUGAUGAUGACAUUGAGAGGGAACCAGUUUUAGUAGAUCCGGAGCCUGAAUCUGAGUCAGAGGAAGAGAGUGCUAACCCUCUCGAGUGUAAGGUGUGCUACCGCGAAUUUGAAACUGAGAGACAGCUGCAUGGUCACAUGAGGGUUCAUGGCAUGGCAUUCAUUAAGAAGUCCCGACGGCGGGGUCAGACCUCCCCCCAGAAAGUGGAAAGUGAGGAAAUGAAGGCAAACAGUGAGGGCAGGAAGUGUGAUGUGAUGCAGGUGGCCCGGACCGAGGGGCUUGUGAUGAAAAUAAAGAAGGCUCCAUCAGAGCAGAGGGCUGUUGACGAAGAAAGUGAACCAAAGAAGCGAAAAGUAUCAGAGAAUGGGGAAAAUUAGGGGAACUGUCACAGUGCACAUUUCGUUCAUACAGAAUUCUAUAUUGUAUUGGCAUAACUUUUUUUUAACCCAGCACUGCAAUCAUGUCUGCAUACUAAGGAUAGACGUUUCAAGAUGAUUUUAAUGAAGUGUUUAUUUUUGUUUUGAUUUCAAUAUUCUUAUCUAUUUGAACGAGUUUUAAUAUGUUUAUGAAGAAAAUUGUGCUAAAAUGUAAUUCAUAAUGCAUUUUUCUGUAUAAAUUGUAGAUACAGUUUUUAUAAAUUCAUUGUUGUAAUUA